GAUCCCAUUUCAUUUGUUGGGACUUUUCGAGCUAAAUUCGUCGAAGAUAGCAGAGAUACUGAUCUGAUUCAGUCGAUGGCUGCCACGGCUCUUCUCCGAUCGAUUCGCCGACGCGACGUCGUGUCCGCACCUCUUUCCGUCUACAAAUCUCUUGCUGGUAAUGCUCAACCUUCAUGGGGUAGCUCAUACACUGGUCAGAACUAUGCAAGUUUGUGUAGAGCUUUCGGGUCGAAACCUGUUCUGAAUGACAUUCUUGGUACUGGUUUGGGCACCACUAACACAAGCAAUGCCAUUAGAGAGGAGAGAGAGCAUUCAAAAGCUAUGAUUCAAUCUUUCCGAGCUCUUGGUGUGGGAACAUCGAAACACAUGUUCUCUACAAUCUCAGGGGAUAUAAAGACGACACAGGAGGAACAGAAUUCUCCAAAAGUUCAGAGCUUUCGUCCUUUAUCUCCUCACCUCCCUGUUUACCAGCCUCAGAUGAACUCCAUGUUAUCGAUUUUCAACAGAAUCUCGGGGGUUUACUUGACCGGAGUCUUUUUCGGCGGCUAUCUUCUCUACCUGAAAAUGGGUAUGAUUUGCCUCACCUACCCGAGUUUCUACCAAGUUAUUUUCCAUGUGCAGCAGCAACUUCCGGUCAUCACCUCGGUUACUGCAUUGGCCGCGCUUUACCAUACUAUCAAGAGUACUCACUCGCUCUUGACCCAUUAAAAACCUUUUCCCAACGCUCUUUCGAUGAAUAACGUUUUGGUUAAGCCGCCAAAGUCGUCAGUAAGAGUUUCCUUGAGAUGAACAAGAUUAAUAAAGAGAGAAGAAACUUUUGUUUUGGGAUUUUAGGUCUUUAAAGGCUAUGUUUGUUUGCUUUUCCUUUGUUCUCAGACCUUACAGUGGUUUGAUGUAAUAAAUGAUUUACCAAAAAAAAUUUGAAAUUAUCUCAAAAUUAUCGAAAAAGCCAAAUUUUUAGCAAA